AUGUCUGCAAGAGGCGAUAUUAGCAGUCAACAGUACGACGAAACAAAUGAUAUUGCAGCCGCAUCGGAAAAGGACAGGAAUAUGAAUUCAUCAAAGCUGAGUGGCUCUGGUGACAGUAUUAAUGAGGUGUCGGAUUGUCACAAUUUUGCGCAGACAUAA